AUUGCGUUCUGGCACGGAUCGUGUGUAUUUACCCAAAAUUAGGUUUUGCAAUUUUAUUGUUUAAAAAUUCGCAUAAUUAUGCUCGUAAACAUUCUAGUAAUACGGUAACUGUGAGGAGUGUUGUUAUUAUGGUGGUUGGUUUGCAGGUCUGGGGAUAUGGCGGCCAACAGGGAAGCUCAGAGGAAGGCUACACACAAUGAAGUUGACCGUUGUUGGCGUCGGGACAGGAUCAACGAGCUCAUCAAGAUACUGGCUCAGAUAGUGCCUGCUUGUCAGAAGAAAGACGCAACUAUACUGGUUCCAUUGUCGGGUAUGUGUGCAGUAUGUGUACAGCAAGGGAACGGUACUGGACAAGACAGUGGACUACUUGAAAGAGCUCGUAUUUCAAUCCUCUCAACAUAUAUAGUCAUUGUCUCCAGCCUGACACCUUCGCAAGCACAACCUAUGCACUUGUCAGCUUCGUCACAAUUCUCUCCCCUCUUACAAUCAUCGCUGUCGACUGGAGCCUCUAAUCCAAACACACCACUCUUAAGCUCACUCGUACAAACUCUAUCCUCCAUUGUGAGCACGACCACUUCUCCGUCCACUCCUGUACCGAAAUCCUCCAUGCUGUCACAAGCCAACAACAAUGGCGGGGGUGGUCUCUCUGCCGCGGCUGCUGCUAGUCUGCUCAACACUCUGAUUCUGGCUCAGAAUGUGCUCACAAGCAACUCAAGUGCUGGUAGCCCCGGGCAAGAUUCAAUGUCUAUGGAAACGGUGGACCAAUCCUCUCAACAGUAGUGUACAGUAUAUUAUAAUUGUGGACUGUUUAUACUGUUCUAGUUUUAACGUGUGUUUUUUAGUAA